AUGCCAAUGAUCAUGAUGACAAUCUGGCCAUGGCUUAUCACACCCACUUUGAUUGCGGCGCGGUCGUAUAACUGCACAAAGGAGGCUCCUUCAGGCAUCUCGUUGUCAUCUGCACCACCGAUCCAGCUAGCUGGGUGUGCGGCGCGGUGUCAUUUCUGCCACCAUCAUGACUCUCACAUGCACUUUGCACACACCCUCAUGCAUGGCCAACGGGAAAUCAAUAUGGUACUGUCCAAAGGGCCUUUCAGCAAUAGCAACGGCGUCAUUGAACCCGCAUGUAGGUUACAUGAGUAA